UCCUCUGUAUUUCAGGUAAAAAUGUUACCUUUUGAGACCUUGUGUAAAACAGAACGAAACAGUAGAAGAUUAGACCUUGUUCACCAACUUCAGUAUUAUGAAUGCUCAGCUGAAGAAAAAGGGAUCCUUCGAGAUAUUCUUGUUGAUAUACUCAACCUUCAACAUGGACUAGAGGAUAACCUUCUUGUUAUACAACAGAUCCAACAAGUAGAUCCAGGGACAGGAGAAGAUUAUAAAGAGCUGGCUUUAAAUACAGCUAGGCAGCAUAUUAUAGACAUUAAUUCAGUUUAUCAACAAGGACUAGACUGGUUAAAGAAUGAUCAAGCUUGUGAUACUCUAAGUUCAGCUUACAUUGAUGAAGAUAUUAAAGUAGUUCCUGAUAUAAACUUGGAUCUACUCUCUUCUGAAACCAAGAAUAAUAUAAAAAUUGUAGACCAAAAUAUGUCAGAAAAUGAGGAGUUACCUCCUAUAGAUCAAGGAGGAAAAGUACUUUCCUGUAAAUAUUGUAAAUAUUCUUCAUUUUCCAAAAAGAGCUUAAAAAGACACAAAGAAAUAAAACACAGCAUUCAGUCCGGGAAUAAACUUUCUUGUGAUACAUGUGAUUAUUCUUCUAGUUCUAAAUUGAACUUGAAGAAGCAUAAGAAAUCUAAACACUGUUUGAACUCAAAUUCUUUAAAGAAAGAAACAAUGGAAGUAAAAGUCGAAUUAUUAAAGACAGCUGGGGAGACGAAAAGAUCUUUUUCACCUGAUUUAUUUGAAUUCGGCCGAGGAUCCUUGGACGAACGAUUAUCACAGAUCCAUAAAAAGUAUCAAGAAGUAAAUUUAAGAUUAAAACAGCCCCAAAUGUAUAAAUGUGAACUAUGUGACUACACAACUGAAACUAUGUCAAGGUUAAAUACUCAUGAGAAGCUAGAUCAUGAACCUGAAUCUGAUCUUGAUCCUGCAAAUAUAGAACUGAAACAUAAUGAUACAAAGAUUGAAAAUAAAAUCUAUCUAUGUGAUCAAUGUACGUACACAACAUCAUCAAAGUUUAGUCUAAAGAAGCACAAAGAUAGCAUGCAUGACGGGGAACGGUUUCCAUGUGGAAAAUGUGAUUAUGUAGGAACACGUAAAAUAUAUUUACGGAAUCAUGUUAAGAGUAAGCAUGAUGGAAUCCGUUUUCCAUGUGAUAUCUGUGACUAUCAAGCGUUGGAGGAAUACACGUUGAAAAGGCAUAAAGAGAGAAAACACGGAACUGAACAGUUCUUCUGCGACCAAUGUGAAUAUUCUUCAACAAACAUGCAAGAUUUAAAACUGCACAUAGGAAGUAGACACGAAAAUGAGAAAUAUCCAUGUGAUAAAUGUGAUUACGUAGGAACUCUUCAUCGCUAUGUUCUAAAACACAUGCAAAGAGUGCACGGCGAAAAAAAACUCUACUCUUGUGCUAAAUGUGAAUAUGUAAAUGUUUGCAGAACUGCAUUAAAGAGGCAUACAGAAAGCAAGCACGAAGGAGUCAAGUACUCUUGUGACCAGUGUGAAAAUUCAUUUUCUGAACUUAGAAAUUUGCGUAGACACAUGAAAAGCAAACAUUGCGUAAUGAAAUAGUUCGUUAUUAAUCCUGAGUUUAUCAGUUAUAUUAUAUUUAUAUAUUACCCAUAUCACCCCCUACCUAAUUACACUACAUAAAGUUAAGUUCGAUAUUCGUCAUUGUUAAUUGGGUGUUAAAGUAAAUCGUAUUUUGCUCAACUCUUAAAUUUUGAUUUAAAACUUAAUAUUUAUAUCAUCUUUUUGGGCCCUCUCACCCUAA